AAACAACGGGAAGUGAUGCAUUAAAUAUAUUUCUUGAGUGGGCAAUGCAUAUUAGUAUUCACAGCACAUAGCACGUUUAUCAUCCUUUAUCGUCGCUCAGAAUCGAAGGUAAGCCACGAGUAUAUUUUAUAUCUUACUAAAAACGUUUCGUAGAUAUUUACCAAUGUGUAAAUGUGUACAUUAACAUAUAUUUUAUCACUUUAUCCUUUCAAAUCCGGUUUAUGAUCAAAGCGUUUCUAUAUGCAUGAUUAUGUCAUCGUAUAAAUAUGGCGCUGUAUAAUGUGGUACAAGUCUGAUAGUCUACGGUUGUAAGACCCUGACUAUUCUAUGUUUGUAACUUUGACGGGUGUUUUUCGAAGACUGAAUGUGUUCGCCUUAGGUAUUUUGACGUCUGUGCACAAGACGUUUAUAUGAAGUAAUCUUCAAGCGCCCAGACCAUUGUCAAAGACACGUUUGAGAGCGUGCUAGAAAUAUCAAGCCUUCAAAAUGUCCAAACCUAAGGCUAAGCUUCUGAGCAAACUGUGAUCAAUAUUUUCGAUCAAUUAAUGAGCUUUAAGCCUGUAAUAGAACGGUACGUAUUUCACAUAUUUCGAUGUGAUCUAUAAAAUCCUGUGUCUUUAAUGGUGGACAUAAAGGAAACAUCAUUAUUAUCAUUAAUUGUAAGACUAUCAAUGUAGAUUAUCAAUGUUACAUUUAGUACUAAACUAGUAGAUUCUGGUCAUGCUAGCUGGUUAAAUUCCCUUAACCAAUUUAGGGUUAAUGGCUGAAAGUCAGGUUGCUGAUGACAGCGAAAUUAAGGCACUCCGGUCACAUAGUCUAGAACACUAGCCAGUGAAUAGUUUGAGGGGAAAAAUUGUGUUCCUAGAAUAGUUUCUUGAAUCUUAUUGAGUAACUAUUUGUAAAAGUUCGGCUGUGUUCGAGUUGAAGAUGUACAAUAAUCCGAACCUAUUACAUCAUCACUUUAUUGUUAAGCAAGCCCUACCCGCUCUGAAGGGGAAGUUUUUGGGAAGUUGGAAUCAGUAGAUAUGUAAUUGUUUCCUUAUAUAGACAUAACUAGUUCAUUCCGAAUACGAACACUCUGGGUUCCUAAUGAUAAUAUGGUUUACUCGCAGAUCGCUCUUGUAGAUUUUAACUUGGUAGUUAUAAGCUCAAAACUAAAAGUAUCAUAUACUAAAAUGUUCUAUAUAUAUAUAUAUACUAAAUUACGUAUUUACGUCCAAACACUUGGAGCAAAUUAUACUUUUCCCUUGUUCCUUGUUUUACUUGAAUUUGAAUAUGUUAUAUAGGCCACAUGCACUAAAAUGACUUGUAUUUCAAGACCACUUCCCAACUCUAAUGUCUUGAAACCAACCACGUUCGGCGUUCCAACUUUUAAUAAUUACAUUUACAUUAUUAUGCAGGGAUGAAUGUGUUCCUUAAAUUUUUUUAUUUCUUUAUUAAAAUCUUUUUCUUCUAAAACGCCUAAAUAUAUAACUGAAUUAACAGUGAUGGAACCUACAAGAAGGAACCUACUAGACACGACACGGCUUUUGCUCAGAGCCCUACUAGUACUCCCUAGGACCGGCUACGUUAUGAACAAUUAUGUAUUAACUAGGUUAUGAACAUUCAUGUUAGUAAUACCAAUAUACAAAGACAUUUUAAGUCGCACGUUUCUCCUAUUCUAAUAGUUAUUCAGUGAACACGUGGAAAUAAAUAUCUACUUAUGCGUUGAAAGCUUGUAAUAUGAAGUCGAGACAUCAUUUCUCAAACGAGGAAGAAAAUUUAAUAUAUAACAUUGUGAUUCGGGAUGCAAAUAAUUGAUAAAUGACGUCAUUCUGCCCAAAAAUACUCGAAAGCGGAAAAAAUUUCCGUUGAGCGGAAGUUUUUGUGGCAACUUGGGAGAAUUUAGUUGGAAUGAAGAUGAAUCACAAAAAAACUUAUAAGAGAAAUUAAUUAAUCCGCUUUGAUUUCAAGGUCAAUUGUCUUUUCAGUAAGCCUGUGCAUGCUGUUUUGCAAACUGAUGGGUACGCUCGAUUGGCAUGUGUAUAAACUAAACAGAAGAUGACGCUUUACUUUGAUUGUCAUACAAAUUCUCCUAAGCUUUGACUUAAAUCUUGCCGAUUGCGGCGUUAUUGCGGCGUGCAUUGUGGUCAGGUUAGGGUAAAACCCAUGCAGAUUAAAAGAGUUGUAUGUUUAUUAAUGGUCACAAGUCUGACUUCAGCUUUGCAGUCGUCUAUUGUUUGCGUCCUGUAGGGGGAACCUAGCCUCAGUUUUAUUGUCAUUAACCUCUAUGAUCGUUACAGACCGCCGAAUAUCAUUCUAUGAACAACAUCGCAUUGUAUUACAUGGUAUGUGACAACGUUUUGGAUUAUAUUUUAUUUUAGAUCUGUUUUAUUAAAUUAAUUUAAUCGUACUUUUGUUUGUAAAAAUGCGUGUUUCCCAAAAUGCUAUCAAUAUUGCCACGAGUUUUUGCAAUUGUUUUUUUUCUUCUUUAAAAUAGUCAAAUGAUCUGUAGUGCCCGAAUUAAGACAUAUACAAUACAAUAUUUAACAGUUAUAAAUCAAGCACUUGAGAAACUGUGCCAGAGUUCGGGUAGUAUUACAUUUGGUGCAGAGAAUUUUGAAUGUUGUUGCAUUUUAUAAGCGCGGAAAUUAAUAGUGACUUAGAAGGGUAGAUUUAAAUGGUUGUAACUAACGCGGAAAUUAUAGUAACUUAGAACUAGAAGGGUAAAGAUUUUAAUGAUUUAAGGUAGCUCGAUAUAUUAAUCCACGCAAAAUCCCUUGUACAAGAAUCGCGUAAAAGAAAAACAAAACAUUACACUAUAUGAACAAGCCCGCGUGACCAUUCGUGCCCGCGGGAAUAUUAUCAUUAAUUUUUUUUUUAAAACAGUGCGCUAUAUAAAUUUCAUUAUUUCGUUUGGUGACCUAUGUUGAAAUUUUGCGCCAAAAAUAAAAAGUUCUGUAAUGUCAAAAAAAUUAUUGACUGGAAACGACAUUUUUGCGUUUUUUAAAAAAUGGCAUUAGAGAUUUUUUUAUAUUUUGCUUAUUGUUGGUCUAUACUCCAAGUAAAAUAGUGCAUGCACAAAAAGAAUAAUGGUGGUCACCGUGCUUUUUUCCAACUACACAAAGCAAUUGGCUAUUUCAGAGCGAAUUUCGUACGCAUGUAUUCAUGCCAUAGCAACGAACUAUAUGUUUUCCAUAACUAACAUAUAAAUUUGAAAGUUGAAACAUCAUAAUAGGUGAACACCCUGAUAUCUGCUGCAUAAAACCUAGAAUACGACGUUUAUAUAACUGUUAUAAUGUAUACUGCAUGUUAUAUACACCUGAUGUUUUUAAAAACUGUAUCGCGUCACCUUAUUAAUCGACCACGUCAAAUUUCAGUUUGUAAGCAGUUUGUUAGCUAAAUACCCUGCCUAGCCUUAUGUCUUGAUAUGUUGGUAAUAUAUGACGAAUCUAAUAAAUAUAUUUUACUAGUAAAAGAUAAUCGUUUUUGAGUAACGCGGCAACGGUAGAUUCGCCCAACACAACACAACGCCAUACUGACAAUACAAUUUCCAAUAAAUUUUCUGUUCAUAACUGAGAAUAUAGAAAAAAUCUGAGCAGAAUAUAUAGCCUAUUUAUGAAUAAAUUACUUCUGGACGAUAUAAAACUAAACAAAACUAAACUAAAAGCGAAUAAAAAUAAAGAAAUAAAAGCUAUUAUAAAAUCAAAGACAUAAUUAUACCUUUCAAAUGAAACUGAAAAAAUAAUAUUUCGAGUGGAAUGUGUAUACAAUCCCUAUAUCUCGCGCUCCACUGUACUCGACCAGUAAUAUACACCCUCGUACACCUAGACUUGCCACAAGUCGACCAUGGGGGAGGGAGGGCGCGGGGGAGGGAACGUGCGACCGGAGCGACGAAGUCGCGAGUGGUCGACUUGUGUCCCUUGCAGGAAUUUAAAUCGCAUUAAAAAUUUUGGCGCGAAUAAUUUUGACAUAAAAGGGGUGUGUACAUUUCAUGCAAUUACUUUACUGCGCUGACAAUGGGUCUACAAAAACACAAAAACAUUCUCAAGAAUUGAUAUAUUUCUUUGUCGUCGAAUGAAACAGUUUGCACCAAGUGUGGAAACGAAAUAACUGACCCAAGUAUUAAGCGCCGAAAGCUGUUCAAUGACAAUAUAUCAACAAAAACAAGCGUGCAUGUAAUAACGUAUUGAAUCUGGACAGUUGUUUGUCUAACAAUGUGCCGUAAUUGUGUCGACAAGAAUAGUAAUUUAUUAGACUUAUUAUAGAAAGUUGAUUCAGUUCGCCAGCGAUUUAACGUAGUAGAAGUUAAUCUAAUUGAAGAGAAUCAGACAAAUGUACGUAACCAAGAAGCAGAGCCAGAGGCGGCGAUUGUGAUCAACUAGAAGACGUCGCUAGAGUUCAAAAUCCAGUAAAAAUACACGUUGUUUUCUCAGCAAACGAAUUUGUAAUAAUCAGUAAUCGAGAUCAAGAAACCCAAACUAAACCUGAAACUAGUGAGGAAAUUUUAGAAUCAUCAGAUGCAUCUUCGGUGGCAGUAUUAAAGUUUAUUUCUACACCCUGUACUUUAUACUCAAUGUAAUGUUUGUUUGUGUAUUUUCACAUGGUUUUUGUGUUCUACAAAAUUGUAAUUACAUUGUUUACUCUGUUUGCUUCAAUAAUACACAUUUGUUCAACAAAAAGCCUGAGAAUAUAAUGUUAUUUUUAGACUCCUUCGAUAAUGACCGAUAAACAUUAACCGCUUCGGCAAAUCGGCAAUGUAAACAAUGACGUCACCGGUGGAUUUCCACCGGUGAUAUUUGGCGCGCUGCAAGUGACAAAAGUCCUUUCCACAGAGGAAGUGAAGCGCGCCAUAGAAGGGCCUGGAAAGGACUUUAGAAAGUCUAUCGUACACCGUGCACUUGCUCAUUGGCGUCUUCCUAUAUGUUAUGGUUUAUGCCCUCAUGAGUGUCGUACUUGACAAGUUGGCACCUCAGAGGAUGAAUUUCGUGUUUGUCCGCAUGCAUGACUCCAGAUUCGAAUUCUCGGGCAUUGGCUUAUUGUCUGUUGUUUGGUGUGACAAUGUAACAUUUACAUUGAUUGCAAAAACUAUAUAUUUAGUAUCGCAUAUAUAUAUUACUAUAUAUAUAUAUAUAUAUAUAUAUAUAUAUAUAUAUAUAUAUAUAUAUAUAUAUAUAUAUAUAUAUAUAUAUAUAUAUAUAUAUAUAUAUAUGUGGCCAAAGUUUCUUGAAAUCCACUGUAAAGCUAAUGUGAAAGUGUUCUUCAUUAUCAAUAGAAUUUUAAGAUGCUAGCAAGUCACACAUUCAAACCGAGAGCUCAAUAUAAACAAGGUGUGUAUUAGUUGUAUUAUAAACAUUCAUAACUUAAUGAUUUGUGACGUAUUUUUGUGACAUAAGUCAUAAAUUUGAAACCUGAUGCAUGUCAUGAACGAGUUGCAAUCGCGCGGGGGUAGAACGGAAUACAAUAUAUAUACUUAAUAUAUUGUUCUCAAAUAUUUCUAGUUAACUGCAAAGAGCCUACAACAAUUGAGAUUCUAGUAAGAUUCUUCUGUUUAAAUGCAUGCCCUCCAUAUGCACUUAAUUGGAGAAUGUAUAGAAAGCUAGUACCUACUGUAUUCUUAGCAGAAGUAUUCGUAUUAUUACCAGAAAUAUCAUAUUAUUACCAGAAAUAUUCAUAUUAUUACCAAAAAUAUUCAUAUUAGUACCAGAAAUAUUCAUAUUCAAACUAGUUUAAAACCCAGUAUUCAAUAUAAUUUCUCUUCCAGCCCCGAAAUUAUAAUGUAUAGUAUCGAAUCCCUUUCUAUAUUUUAAUGCUUGGAUUCGUACAUUAAAGUUUUGAUCCUGUCAGAAAAUUGUGUUCUAAAUUCCAAAUGCGGCCGGUGCUCGCUGAACUCCCUUUCCUGAACUCCCUUAAUCUUUGCAAAUACUAAAGAUUUUCGUAUUAUCACCAUGCAGAGUAUUAUUUGGUAUCCAGUUUUUUAGUGGUUUGCAAUUAACCCCUUGAGAUUUAUAAGACAAAGAUAUGGCGGUCGUCUUGAAGAAAAACACACUCCAAAUACAAUAGCUACUGGUGAUUUAUUCUUCUGUUAUGACGUUCCUCCAACAUGGCCACCAUGACGUCAAGUGCAAACCAAGAAUAUUACUUGACGUCUAGGGGCGAGGACAUUUAGAACUGCUAGCGCUAUUUUUCAGGAAGAGGUUAGGCGUGACAAAACGUAACAAAGCAACGGUUUUACUAAUACUAACCCUAAUCCUAACCUUAACCUAACCCCACUCCAAGUUUGUUUCUAAACCAAUCUUGAAAAGAAAAAUUCUGACGAGAUGUCAUUCUGAGGUCAGCGAACUAACCUUUCCCCAGCCUAGACCUAGGCCUUUACUCGGAUGGCUUUGGUAGGUCCUAGUCCCAGUCUUCUCAUGUAAAAAGCGCUGAAUAUUAAAAAAAAAAAUAAUAAAAAUAGAAGGCCCAGGUCUAGGCUGACCUUUAAUGAGCCUUAAUUAAGUUUGUAAGUUUGCAUGGCGAUAAAAUAAUAGAUAUUGUGGUUUGUGGAAAUAUUAAGUUCUUUGUAUGUUUGCAUGGCGAAAAAUAUAAUAAUUUUGUUUGUGGAAAUAUUAUUAGCACUUGCUUCAAAGCUUAGCUAAAUUUUGUAAAUGAAUUUUCAUAAACGAGUUCAAUAAAGUUCUUGCUGGUACAAAACGGCUCUUUUUACGAUCCUCUGUAAUUUAAUAGUUUGCAUUUUUGUUUCAGCAAAUCAUGCAGGUCCCAUACUGGCGGCGAGAACAUCAAUUUAUCUUUGGGAAUUCUUGCUUGAAAUCUUAGAAGACCCCGAGUGUGCGUCAAUCGUCCGCUGGACGGACAAAGCGAAGGGAGAAUUUGAAUUUUUGAAUAUUAGCGAGGUUGCAAGACAAUGGGGAAUUGUUAAACGACGUCCGAAUAUGGACAAAAUUAAAAUGUGCCGAGCUAUGAGGUAUUACUACAAGAAAGAUAUAAUACAAAAGGUAAGUACUGUAAAGAGGAGUUUAUCCCAUAUACCCAAGUGUGUGAUCAAUAAAUACUCUUUCCCUUGAUGAGUGAAAUCUUCUGGUGUUAGGUUUAAUAAAGUUGGGCAAAUCAGGUCACUCGACCAAUCCCUAUUCAAUGAUAAUACAGUAUAUAGAUUUUGCCCACAUUGUUUCUUUCCAAUUAGGAGCCAUGAAACAAGUACUCUUAAAAUGACAACACAAAAUUUAACUGGGACUUGUUAUCAUUUGCUUUUGCGCAACUCUUUUCACGUCCUUAAGACUCGUGCAACAGAUCUUUUCACGGUUUUUGCAAAUUCCUAUUUAGUUAAAUUGCAAUUGGUGGUAAAAUGUUAUAAAAUAAGGAUAUAUGGCCUUGCAAAGUUUACACAUUUUAAAUGUUUUUAUGUUGCGGAAGUGAAUAUUUGCCUACCCGGGGAAAACAAUGGAUUCCAUCAUUCCACAAUAUAAAAGUAUCUAAAAGGCCAUACUAUCUUUACGCUGCAAUAUUUUACCACACAAACGUUGCCAUUUUACUAGUUUUAAUGUGCUCUUUUUUCAGCUGUAGUGUUGGAUUUUCAUUUCUCUGCCUAAAUAAGAAAUUGGAAAAACUGUGAAUGAAAAGGUCUAUUUUUAUCGUUUUUGAAAAACUCUCUCGUGAAGGUUUUUUUCUUCUUCAAAUUGCACUUAGAGCUGUGCGCCGGAGCCGGAGCUCCGGCAUAUUUUGCCGGAGCCGAUGCCGGAGUCGGAAAACUCCGGCAGACAAAAUUACGAAAAAUUAUUUCAUAUUUCAACGAACAUUUGGCAUUAAAUGGGAAAAUUAAGUUGCUGUUUACUAAUAUAUUACUAUUUAUAUGUUGUUUUACUAUAUAUUACUAUGUGGUUUACUAUUAAUAGUGUUGUAAAAAGGUUUUUAAAAAAGAUAAAGUCUAAAAUUACACUGAAAUACUUUCGCCUGCUUCCACUUUUAAAUAUGGAAUUUCCUUAAACAUUUCUUGCCGGACCCGGAGCCGGAGUUUGACUGCCGGAGCCGGAGCUAAAAUAACCGGAGUUUGCACAGCUCUAAUUGCACUCGAUGCCACACUACUAUACCUAUAUUUUUUAAAAUUGCACUCGAUGCCAUACUACUGCCCAUACAAAUUUAUGUAACAAUAUGUUGAUAAUUUUAUUUCCAGGUAAAAGGAAGGCAUUUUGUUUAUAAAUUCCUUCAACUUCCAUAUAACCAUCCAGUUUUACCAUCACCGUCACCACCACCUCAGGAGUUCGCGGAAAGGCGAUCCGUAAUUUGCUAUACUUCUUCAUGGAGCGGCGAGUGAUAGCCAAUCAUUUGACGAGAAUCAUUUGCUCGUUUGAAUUUGAAUUUCGCCAUCUUUGGUGGUGCAUUAAUUAUCGCUUGACGGUUAUGCUACCAAAUUGAAACCAGUGGUUUUUGAACUGAAAGCAUUUGGCUAAGAACAGACUAGCCUUUUCAGAUUGUAAGCUUGUAGACAUUCACUUUAGCAGACUAGUAGAUUUUUGUAGCAUUUAGCGCUUUUAAGAACGCCAGCGCAUGUAUGCUGGGAUUUCUACAAUAUUGAGUAUCUUCUUGUAUCUAGUAUCACUGGAAAUUCUUUUCAAAAUCCUUACUAAGGAAAUAAAAUGGAUCCUAGUUAGAAAUAGUAUGAAAACCCAAUGUCCAUACUAAAUGCCGUUUCCAUACUUUUCAUUACUGUGCUUUUUCCAGUGUUACCACCAAGUUACCAUAUUUAUCAUGUACUUUCAUAGGCAAAAUUAUUUACCAAGGUCACAGGGUCUGAAAUUUGGUGUAUUCCGAUAUUGGUCUUGGUUACCUACUGUUUUGGUUUGGUUUUGGUUACACAAAGGUCGAGGCAGAUUUUCAAUAUUUUUCACACAAACAUUAUGGGAGAUCGGAAUAAUUAUAUCAUACUUCCUCAACUGUCAUUAGAGACAUGUAACAAAGUCAAAUAUACUUUGUUGUUGCAUACAGAAUGGCGUAAUGUACGCUCAAAUUUUCCAUUUUUACGGAAUUUUGAGGAAUAUGAAAAACGCAAAUUCAGGAUCCCAGCAACACAAUCCAGUCUGCAGACUGGAUACAAUAAAAUUUCAAAUCAAUUAGGAUAACAUUAAAUGUCUCCAUGCAGUGGUCUUCCAAUAACUUUUUAACAUUAUGGGUGUAUCACCUUGAAAAUAAACCUGCCUUUGAUUUCCACAUUAAAAACUAGAAGUUUCUUAUUAUAAAUGCAUGUGCAUCAUGAGUCUCCUAUUGCCAUUGUAUUUCUAACAAUUAGAGACAUCUACUGUGUAUUAUUUAUUUGAAUUGGUCAAGAUCAGUGAUGCCAAAACGUGUGGUAACCAGGAUCCAAAAGUGGAACACUGGAUUCUCAGGGGGGGGGGGGGAUACUAGAAUCUUGAAUGAUCACAGCGGGAUACGAACCGAUGUCAGACCCAGUAAUUACGUAUACCCAUGGUAACUCGGUUAAUUUUAAUUUGAUACUGUUUGCUCAUAUAGUCUGCUCGUCAGUUUACAAACUGUUUUAUACCUUAAAAAAUUUAUAUAGUUCUAGAAAUCUGUAUUUAGAAGUUUGCAAUAGUUUGUAUUUAUUGUAUCAUAGAUUUAAUUUAUAGUGCCAUGCAUACAUUAAUUAGAAUAUAGGUGGAAAUUUAAUUUCCUAGGAUUUUUUACCAUUAAUUGUAAUUUAACAGAAUUUUCAUACUGUAUGCGAUAGAUCGCAGACAGUGCAUGUCCGAUCACAAAUAAUACAUUCUGAGACAAUUCAAUAUUCUUUUCA